CCUCAAGCUCCUAGGAUCAAGGGAGCUUCCCAAAUAGCUGGGAUCCCAGGCACAAGCUGUCAGAUUUGGCUAAUUUUUCUGUUUUUUAUAGAAAUAGGGUCUUAACUAUGUUACCCCAGCUGGUCUUAAACUCCUGCCCUCAAGUGAUUCUUCCUCCCUAGCCUCCCCAAAUGUCCGGAUUUUAGGCAUGAGCCACCAAACGUGGCCUCACAUUUUUAAUUUAUGAUUUUGUGUGAACCAUAGUGUGUUAUCAGGGAAUAGUUGACUCCCUUUUUUUUGUGAAACCUUUUACUUACCCUCAGUAUUGAUAAAUGUCAGAAAAUUGAAAUGUACAUAGGUGAUUGUGUUUGCCUCCCCCUAAUUUAAGGAAAGCCAUCUUGGCAUUAAGAUACCAAAAUAAUGCAUUUAGUUAUUAUGGGGUUACUGUUAGAAUAGUUGGCCCACAAACUAGUUAUAGUUACACCAGUCUGCUGUAUGUUGCUUUCUGGGUGGUCCCAUUUUAUAGGAUAGGAAUAAGGUGGCAGCCUAGUGAAAGUGAAAUAGGUUGGCAAACUUAGUUCAUUUUUGAAACCAUUUUGGAUGGUUCAAACAAGUUGGCAGAUAGGCUCAGAACAGUUACAGUAAGAAUAAGACUAAUUACAAAUUUGAUGCAGAUUGUUCUAUAUCUCUUAUUCUGCAGGGAUUUUGUUUUAAUUGUUUUUAAGAUAAUGAUUAUUCUUUUUCCUCAAUUCAAUAAGUAAGUAUUCUUUUAAAGAUGGACUGACAAAAUCUGCAAUGUGGACUUAAUACCAUGAGCUUGAGUUUUAUUAUUUCUUUAUAAUUAGAGGUUUUUUCAAUAAAUGGUUUAUUUUGUCAGAAAGGAAGAUCACAAGUCAGAUUUUCCUGCCAAUAUAUUGGUGUCCUCGUUGCAGAGAUAAAGUUUCUUAAUGAUUUUUUUACCUUUAUCUUCCUAGACUGGUUGAUAGUUCAUAGGUUUGGUUCCAUUAGCGGAGAAUAAAUGUUCACAACUCACUAGUAUUAGCGCACAACUGAUGUAGAAAUGAUAUUUCCCAUUUAAUAUUUCUGAUGGAAUGCUGAUAUUCAUGUGGGCAUUUUUUUCUUCCAUGGUAUAGCACAUAUCUAGUGAAACUGAUUUUCUGUGCUCCUACAGCUUGUAUUUCUCAAAGUCUAGUCUAACAGACCACUUCUUUCCAUUGAUGUGUAGGAAGCAAUAGAACAGGUUUUAGAUUAGGACCUGGGUUUUGAAGAAUCCCAGGUAUUUGGGCAUAGCAUUGGCAAGUUACUGGACUGCUCUAACUUUGUUCCUACAUCUGUGAGAGGGCAGUAAACCCCAGAGUUGUGAAAAUUGAAUGUAUUAUGUGUGUAAAGCACUUAAACAUAAUGCAUGAUCCAUAAUAAGAUGUUCAGAAAAAUAGUAGUUUAUCGUUACAAAGGAACUUGAAGGGAGAGUCCUAAUGGGCUAGAGUAAUCAUGUUACAAUAAUGUGUUAAUCACACAAAAUAUUUUUUUUGGUUGCUGCUGUAAUUGUAGUGUAGGUGGAAGGCUGUAAACUUUCUAGCAUUUGAAUUCUAGCCCAUUUUUCCUUACAUUUAUACUUAUAUUUAUAAUUUUUGGUCUUAGUUACCAUUCCUUGUGAAACUAAAUGCAUUUUUAAAUUCGUAUUAUUGUCAGUAUUCAUUCACAUCCACCAUGUCUAGAUCCAGCUCUUCAUUUUCUCUGUGCUGAUCUGAUUUUUGCCAAACCUUAGAACCAAAGACAGACUCUAGGGGUUGAUAUGGGACCUCCAAAAUGGGGAUUGCACAGAAUAAUCUUAUUUUUCCUCUAUUCUUCUAGUCUGUUAUGUUCUGAACCCACACAUGUUUUCGGAAGGACCAGAUGGCUGACACUGGCUAAUGGGAACCAAAAGACAAGAGUGAAAGUAACCUGGUUGUCAUAUACCCCCAGCUUAGAGGUGGGGAAAGAUCAAGUGCAGACUGAGCUGUGGCCAACGUUUGCAGACCAGGAAUCCACACUAGCUCUAAUCAAAGAGCUCUUGGUGUGCGGGAACUGCCAGUUUGCCGACGUCAAAAGAGCCCCAGACUGGGUAAUGGUGAGCCCUGAAGUCGCACCCCAGCUCUGCCACUCAGUGAGCACGGGUAAGUCAUCCACCCUUUCUGGGUGGCCUUGAUGGCCCUCCCUCCUCUGAGACUGAAAGUCAGGGAGGCCAGAAUGCCCAGAGCAGCCUCCUUCCUGUCUCAGGAUAGGAAAGGAUCUCAGGAACCUACCUCAUGUGGUAGCAGCUUCUAUUUGUGGGUUAUAAACAACCCUCCGUUACUGGAAAAAUCAAAUUGCAACCAUAAUCACUAAUCCCAAGCAGUAAAUGUGACACUGGUUAAUUCUACUGUGAGGGCCUAACCACUGGUUCCCUGGAAUGUUGCACACCUUUGGAAUUGGGGCAGUUACACUGUUCUCAUUCACAAGCUUUUUCUCUGAGUUGGCCUUAUCUGAGCACUAGAGUUGGUUGCAGAAGUGUCUUUCUGUAGUUUUCCAAGCACUUUAUGCAGACAGCAAGAAUUACUGAUUUUUAUUACUGUCCUGUCCAUGUGUCCUAACUUUUUUUCACCUCAUAAGACCAAUUUGGCUGAAGCAUGGGACCAACACUGAGUGCUUUGAAAGAAAGCUGUUUGAUUCCUGUUCACUGAAUGCCAUUUCUUUCAGGGUAGAUUUAAGGGCUCUGCCCUUAAAGUACAGUGCUACUGACUCUAGAUUGAGGGCUCGAGCCACCCCGUGGGUUAACUUCAACAGAUGAAAAUUUUUCCUUGGCUACAGCAACAUCCCUAAUCCUGACCAGCCAUGGAGAGGUUCGGUUCUUACAAGGAAAUGAGUGAAUGUGGGAAUGGCUCACCACAUUGGGAAAACAAAACUCACAUCCUGCUGAUGGUUGGCUGAGGACUGUCAUGUCCACAUACAAAGAAAAGCAUGUGGCACAGUUUUAGGACAAAGGUCGUGAUUGCUUUCCCUGAAAGGUCAGGAUAUGGUUUUGUGGAGUUUGAUGAUCUGCGUGAUGCAGAUGAUGCUGUUUAUGAACUGAAUGGCAAAGACCUUUGUGGUGAGCGAGUAAUUGUUGAGCAUGCCCGCGGCCCACGUCGAGAUGGCAGUUACGGUUCUGGACGCAGUGGAUAUGGUUAUAGAAGAAGUGGCCGAGAUAAAUAUGGCCCUCCUACCCGCACAGAGUACAGACUUAUUGUGGAGAAUUUGUCAAGUCGGUGCAGCUGGCAAGACCUAAAGGAUUAUAUGCGUCAGGCAGGAGAAGUGACUUAUGCAGAUGCUCACAAGGGACGCAAAAAUGAAGGGGUGAUUGAAUUUGUAUCUUAUUCCGAUAUGAAAAGAGCUUUGGAAAAGUUGGAUGGAACUGAAGUCAACGGCAGAAAAAUCAGAUUAGUUGAAGACAAGCCAGGUUCCAGACGACGCAGAUCCUACUCCAGGAGCCGGAGCCAUUCAAGGUCUCGCUCUCGAAGCAGACAUUCCCGUAAAAGCAGAAGCCGAAGCGGCAGCAGCAAAAGCAGUCAUUCUAAGAGCAGAUCCCGGUCCAGGUCAGGCUCCCACUCCCGGAGCAAGAGCCGCAGCCGCAGCCAGAGCCGCAGCCGGAGCAAGAAGGAGAAGAGCAGGAGCCCCAGCAAGGACAACAAGAGCCGCAGCCGCAGCCGCAGCCUGGGCAAGAGUCACAGCAAGAACAAAGACCAGGCUGAAGAGAAGAUCCAGAACAACAACAGCACCGGCAAGUCCAAGAGCCGGAGUCCUAGUAGGCACAAAAGUAAAAGCAAGAGUCGGAGCCGGAGUCAAGAGCGGAGAGCAGAGGAGGAGAAGCGGGGGAGUGUGAGCAGGAGCAGGAGCCAGGAGAAGAGCAGGAAUCAGGAGAAGGGCCUCCUCAAGAGCCGCAGCCACAGCCACAGCCGGAGCCGCAGCCGUGGGGGCAGCAGGAGCCGCAGCCGCAGUAAGAGCAAGGACAAGAGCAAGAGCAGGAAGAGAAGCCGGGAGGAGAGCCGCAGCCGCAGUCGCAGCCGCAGCAAGAGCGAGAGGAGCAGGAAGCGGGGCAGCAAGCGAGACAGCAAGGCAGGCAGCAGCAAGAAGAAGAAGAAGGAAGACACCGACCGCUCACAGUCGCGAUCGCCCUCCCGCUCAGUGUCAAAGGAGCGUGAACACACCAAGUCCGAGUCUGGCCAAAGGGAAGGCCGAGGGGAGAGUGAGGAUGCUGGCACCAAUCAGGAGACCCAGUCUAGGUCAAGAUCGAAUUCCAAAUCGAAACCAAACCUUCCGUCAGAAUCACGCUCCAGAUCAAAGUCAGCUUCAAAACCCCGAUCUCGGUCCAAGUCUCGAUCCAGGUCUGCUUCCAGGUCAGCCUCCCGGUCUAGAUCUAGGUCCCACUCAAGGUCCUAA